AUGCUCCCAUUUCCCGUCCUCGAUUUACGUGCAUUACUUUCUUCACUACUCAUUCUCAACUUCAACUCGCCUUACAACAUGAUUUCCGCUAUCUUCGACGGUGCCGCCCAUGUCACCGUCGCUGGGUGCCUCGGAGCAUUCUUUCUCAAACACACUGUGGUGGAUCGGACGUCCAAGGCCAUCAAAGAAGCGGAGAACGUCACCGCCGGCCUGAUUAUAUCCGAAUUCUGUAUCUCUGUCGCGGUACUAGUUCUAGCUUCCAACGAGACCGCCCGGAUACUCCUCAGUAAAGAUGGUCGACCUCCUCCGAAGCACAAUUUAGCCGAGCUCAACGCGCCUCUCAUUUACAACAAAGUGUCCGAUUUCCCUACUGCAGCAGACUCAAUUUUAUCGAAUCCAAUCGCAACCGAACCAUGUAGCACUCCGCCAGACCUAAUAAUUUCACCGAAUUCAAUUGCAGAUGACUCUUACUGCACUCCGCCAUCUACUGCAUGUUCCACAUUAGGCACGCCAAUACUGUUGACUUCGCCGGUUCAGAACACGAAGCGCCUCUCAAUCGAUUCCGACACGACUGUCAUCGACCAUGAUGACGACUUCAUGAAGGACUUUUCUGGCGUGGACCUUGAGGAAAGCAAUAUCCCCCAGGAUGACAGCGACUGCUCCAGUGGCUACCUACUCCCAUGGACGAAAGCACCAAAAAUCAAUGACUCGAGCGGACCUUCUCAACGGACGCAGCUCCAGCCAAUCCUGGAGGACGGACAUCAUCAGGAAAACCCUCCCAAGGCAAAUUAG